CAGUACAGCGUGUGGAAACGACUAAACAAAUCAAGCACCUGUGCGAUUCGAUUCAGUUUAUUUACCACAAGUUUAUUUACUUUGUUCUCGUCCACAUUUCAUCCACAGUGAUAAGACCUAAGGAGUUAAGCCAAAGUGUUUGCCAACUGAUAAAAGCCUUAUCUUUGGGUGUUUCCCCCCUACCCCCACACCAACACCAAACAGGACAAUGACUGGUAAAGGAUCACAGAUGACACUCAGGGGGACAGACGUUAAAGGAACUAAACUGAAAAUGCCAGAGGCUGAACAUGCUGGUGCGUUUUGUGAUGAUUCUCCAGCAAAGAGGAUGAAGGUGUCUCGUACUAAAUUAGCCCCUGUGGAUGGGACUGAGGGGUUUGAAAAAGCAUGGUCAGGUGCUGUCAGAGAAAUCAAUUGCCUGUUCACAAAAUACCCAGAAAUGCUGCGAGAGAGAGCUGCGGUGGAUGCAUCACAGAUUCAGGAGCUGACGAAUAUUCUGACUGAGGCUUUGAGCUUGGAAUCACAACUUAAGGAGAAGAAGGAACACCUGAGACAGUCUUUGGCUGUUAUUUCAGACAAACUACAGGGAUAGCCAACUGACAAAUAUGUUAAAUGAAGGUAUUGGAGCUAUAUUUGAAUUCAAGUUUGAUUUAAUUUUGUGGAAGCUAAUUUGUUGUUGUAGUGAAUUGUUGUUGUGAUUCUUCUAUUAUAAUAUUUGAGUUAUGCUUCCUGUGUUAAUGUUAAAAGGAUGACUAUACAGUAUAUACACCUUUUAUUUAACAUGCUACAACAGGUUGUAAUAGCAGCAGUUGAGUUGAUUGUUAUAACAGAUUUGCAGAAUGCUUGAUGCGAGUCCUAUGACAAUAACAGACAUAUGACAUUCUCUUUCUUUGCUCAAAUACAAAGAGUACUGUUCUUUAAGUUCAAGUUUUGUAAAUCUCUGUGGGUGUAAUACAGGAUGUUGUCCAAGCAACCUAGAAAUGUA